GCAAGUGCAAGGCAUUUACUGACUGCCUGUUCUCCCAAAGUCUCUCCCCUCCUCUCUAUCCAAACGCUCUUCCCCAGUCUUACUUCUUCUUGCUGCUGCAUUCAUCAUCCUCCUCUUCCUCUGCCCCUCUCUCACAAGCCCACGUGUGUCUGUCCUGCCUCUGCCUGCGCUUCUUUCCCUCACUCCCCGAAUCUUCCCUUUUCUGGACCGUUCUGUUUGCCACUUGUCAGUCCCAGUAGCCCCUCCUUAUUGACUGGAUCACUUGGCAAGCUUGGAAAUCAAGGCAACCCCCCGGAUAUAACGCUCUCCUGACACAAGACAAAAGCAUGGCUUCUGGUGUAACUGUAAAUGAUGCGGUCAUAAAGGUAUUCAAUGAAAUGAAGGUGAGGAAGUCUUCCACACCAGAGGAGAUCAAGAAGAGGAAGAAAGCGGUGCUGUUUUGUCUCAGCCCCAAUAAGAAGGAAAUCGUAGUGGAAGACACUAAGCAGAUAUUGGUUGGUGACAUUGGUGAGGCAGUUGAAGACCCCUACAGGACCUUUGUCAACCUUCUACCACUCGAUGACUGUCGGUAUGGACUGUAUGAUGCAACGUAUGAGACCAAAGAAUCCAAGAAGGAGGACCUUGUCUUCAUAUUCUGGGCGCCAGAUAAUGCACCUCUAAAAAGCAAGAUGAUAUAUGCCAGUUCCAAAGACGCAAUUAAGAAGAAAUUUACAGGCAUCAAGCAUGAAUGGCAAGUGAAUGGAUUGGAUGAUAUUAAGGACCGCUGUACCCUGGCAGAUAAACUGGGGGGAAAUGUAGUGGUUUCUCUUGAAGGAGUUCCACUGAAAUGAAUAAUUCCCAUCCUACCCUGCAGAAGCGAACCCAGUCGAAGCUUUUGUUCUGACCAUAGGCAAAGUUUUAGGUGUUUUAUUUAUUGAAUUUAUUGAAUUUCCUCAUUUUCAGUCCCCCCUAAAAAGGUAACAGCUCAUGAAAAUAGGAUGUUACCAUGUAAACUUAAAGGCAUAGAGCAUCAUUUACUUGGUAACGGCAGGGUUGCUUUAAAUUAGGGAUGCACAGAUUCCAGGAUUUGGAUCGGCCAUUUUCAGCAGGAUUUGGAUUCGGCCAAAUCCUUCUGCCCGGCCGAAGCAAAUCCGAAUCCUAACUGGCAUAUGAGGGAAAUCAUGUGACUUUUUGUCACAAAACAAGGAAAAAUGUUUUCCCCUUCCCACCCC